AUGUCAGAAUUCAAAAUCCCUAGAAAAUGUGCGAUAUGCGAGAGAAGAUGUAACACGUUUGGCGAAUUACGCCAACACCUAGAUGAGAGCCAUCCCGAUGUGUGGCGGGGAGUGCGCGUACCAGCCCAAGAAAGUGCCAGGAACCCUGAAGACAGAUCCUGGUCACGUUCCCAUUCGCGUUCCAGAAAGACGGCAAACGCCCAACGUACCCCUAAGUCAUCCACAGCCGUGAGAGAAGGUGCAUCACCCACGUGCACCGUGCAGGUCAACGCGCGGGAUCCGCUGAACCUCAUGUCGGACGCAGCGGCCCAACUAGCAUCAACGGGAGACAGAGCCACGAAAAGAGGACGUACUGAGGACUCGCCAUCCAAAGGAUCGUCGGCCGCGAAGAGAAGGUCCGCCAGCCCAUCUAGCGGAGAAACGUCAACCUCACGGUCGGCAGAAGGAGCAAUCCUGGCGAACAAGGAUACUGAGAGGAUUUUCCCCAUUACUGGGCCGGCGGCAGGUCUCGCAGCCAACGUAAGGGCCCUGCUGGAACAAGGGUACACCGUUCGUCGUUGGGAGCGUUCCACUGAAACCUUUGGACAAGAUGGGGCCGUCCAGCAGAAGGUGGUGGAGUCCGUCACGCUGGACAGACCUCAUAAGAAAUAAACAUUUGAUCAUGAAGUGAUACAACGUUUGAAACAUUGCAUUAUAUUUUGAGCUGCUUAAUGGAUUCGCCGUGCUGAUUGUUAAUUUGAAGGGCGACAAUAUUUGGAACAUUAUAUCUAUUUUGUGCAACUAACGAAUUCGCCAUGCUGAUAAUUCAUUC